AUGGGAAGAGCAAAAAAGUUAAAAGUACUAAAAAAAAAUAAAAAUAUUGCCUUAGCUGAUCAAAUUGAAAAUGAUAAUAACGCUAAGCAAACUGGAAGGGUUAAAGUAAAGAGACGGAGAGAUGAAGAUGAUACGUUCAUUGAUUCUCAACUUUCGAAAAAAAUUAUCAAUCAAGCUAGAUUACAACAGAAUGAAGUGGAAUGUGAAGAAGAUGGAUUUAGUAGUCAUUUAAAACCCAAAACAAUCAAAUUAAGUAACGAUUCUGAGGAAUCGGACAAUGAUGAAAAAGAAUAUGACGAGGAUUUUACUGUAGAUUAUGAAAUUAACGAAGAAGAUGAGAAAGCUUUGGAAAAAUUUAUGAAUAAAAACCCAGAGCCUAGGAAAACAUUAGCUGAUAUCAUCACAGAAAAACUCACUGAGAAAAAAACAGAAAUAAAGACUCAAUUUUCUGAUUUAGAAUCAGUUCAAUCAUUAUCUGAAAUUAAUCCUAAAGUUAAGGAAUUGUACAAAGGUGUUAAAGAUGUAUUGUCGAAAUAUAGAAGUGGUAAAUUACCGAAAGCUUUUAAAAUGAUUCCUCAUUUAAGAAAUUGGGAAGAAAUAUUAUAUAUAACAGAACCUGAUAAAUGGACAGCAGCUGCUAUGUGUCAAGCAACAAGAAUAUUUGCUAGUAAUUUAAAUGAAAAAAUGGCUCAAAGGUUUUACAAUUUGGUUUUGUAUCCUAGAAUUAGGGAUGAUAUAGCAGAAUACAAAAGAUUAAAUUUUCAUUUAUAUCAAGCUCUUCGCAAAGCCUUAUUUAAACCUGCUGCUUUUAUGAAAGGAAUAAUUUUACCAUUAUGUCAGAGUGGUACUUGCACUUUGCGUGAAGCAAUCAUACUGGGAUCUAUAAUUGCUAAAAAUUCAAUACCUGUUCUUCAUUCUGCUAGUGCAAUGCUUCUCAUUGCUGAAAUGGAUUAUACUGGUGCAAAUAGUAUAUUUCUUAGGAUUUUUUUCGAUAAAAAAUAUGCUUUGCCCUAUAGGGUAGUUGAUGCAGUGGUAGCACAUUUUUUAAGAUUUCAAAGGGAUAAAAGAGAAUUGCCUACGUUAUGGCACCAAAGUCUACUAACAUUUGUUCAAAGAUAUAAGGCAGAUAUCAGUACAGAACAGAGAGAAGCAUUACUUUCUUUACUUCGAUAUCAAUCACAUGAGAGGAUAACACCUGAAGUUCGGAGAGAAUUGCAACACGCUCAAUGCAGAGAUUUAGAAGAUCAAAUUCCAAAUACUAACUUUUGUUAA